GGGCCGGGGGGCGUGGGGGAGCUGGGGCCUCCCCUCAGGAACGUGUCCCGGGCCCGACCCGAGCCGGCCCUGAGUGUGGAAGCAGCUUUAGGGAAAGGUUGCCCCAGCAUCCGGCUCCCUUGUUCGCCCAGCCGGCCAAGCUCGUCCACUUGCGGGUCCUGGCGGCCCCCUCACCCCUCAGCUCCCAGCGCUGCCCGUCAGGCCCGAGCCCCGGGGUCCUGGGAGCAUCAGUUUCCUGGCCCUUUCCAGAAGCAGACGCUACUCUGAGCCUGACAGCCGGCUGUGUGACUUAGGGAGGUGAGCUCGUGAAACAAUAUGAAGAGGAGAAAAUAGCCUUUUAAGGACAUUGGCCUACAGAAAGGAUGGCCUUCUUGGACAAUCCAACUAUCAUUCUAGCUCAUAUUCGACAGUCACAUGUGACCAGUGAUGACACGGGAAUGUGUGAGAUGGUUCUCAUUGAUCAUGAUGUUGACCUAGAGAAGAUUCAUCCUCCUUCAAUGCCUGGAGACAGUGGGUCAGAAAUUCAGGGAAGCAAUGGUGAGACUCAGGGCUAUGUAUAUGCCCAGUCAGUCGAUAUUACCUCAAGUUGGGACUUUGGUAUCAGAAGACGCUCAAACACAGCUCAAAGAUUAGAACGACUCCGCAAAGAGAGACAAAACCAGAUCAAAUGCAAAAAUAUUCAGUGGAAAGAGAGAAAUUCUAAGCAAUCAGCCCAGGAGUUAAAGUCACUAUUUGAAAAAAAGUCCCUCAAAGAGAAGCCUCCAAGUUCUGGAAAGCAGUCAAUACUAUCUGUACGCCUGGAGCAGUGCCCUCUGCAGCUGAACAACCCUUUUAAUGAGUAUUCCAAGUUUGAUGGCAAGGGUCAUAUAGGUACAACUGCAACUAAGAAGAUUGAUGUCUACCUCCCCCUGCACUCGAGCCAGGACAGACUGCUGCCAAUGACUGUGGUGACCAUGGCCAGCGCCAGGGUGCAAGAUCUCAUUGGGCUCAUCUGUUGGCAGUAUACAAGUGAAGGACGGGAGCCAAAGCUCAAUGACAAUGUCAGUGCCUACUGCCUGCACAUUGCUGAAGACGAUGGGGAGGUGGACACAGAUUUUCCCCCACUGGACUCCAAUGAGCCCAUUCAUAAGUUUGGCUUCAGUACUUUGGCCCUGGUUGAGAAGUAUUCAUCUCCUGGUUUGACAUCCAAAGAGUCACUGUUCGUUCGAAUAAACGCUGCUCACGGAUUCUCCCUUAUUCAAGUGGACAACACCAAGGUCACCAUGAAGGAAAUCUUGUUAAAGGCUGUGAAGCGAAGAAAAGGAUCUCAGAAGAUUUCAGGCCCUCAGUAUCGCCUGGAGAAGCAGAGCGAGCCCAAUGUCGCAGUGGACCUGGAGAGCACAUUGGAGAGCCAGAACGCCUGGGAGUUCUGCCUGGUCCGCGAGAACAGUUCAAGGGCAGAUGGAGUUUUCGAGGAAGAUUCACAAAUUGACAUAGCUACAGUGCAGGACAUGCUUAGCAGUCAUCACUACAAGUCAUUCAAAGUCAGCAUGAUCCACAGGCUGCGGUUCACCACCGAUGUGCAGCUCGGUAUCUCUGGAGACAAAGUAGAGAUAGACCCUGUUACGAAUCAGAAAGCCAGCACUAAGUUUUGGAUUAAGCAGAAACCCAUCUCAAUCGAUUCUGACCUGCUCUGUGCCUGUGACCUUGCUGAGGAAAAAAGCCCCAGUCACGCAAUAUUUAAAGUCACCUACCUAAGCAAUCAUGACUACAAACACCUCUACUUUGAAUCCGAUGCUGCUACUGUAAAUGAGAUCGUACUCAAGGUGAACUACAUACUGGAGUCACGAGCAAGCACCGCCCGGGCUGACUACUUUGCUCAAAAACAAAGAAAGCUGAACAGACGUACGAGCUUCAGCUUCCAGAAGGAGAAGAAGUCAGGGCAGCAGUGACACUGGCCUCCAAUCUGUCACUGCAUUGUGGAGCCUGCCUGCCAGGACCUGGUGGCCUUAGAGUCUAUCGUGUCCUGCCAUGCUUGAGGGAAAACCUGGACUCCUGAACUCUAGGGGAAGGUUUGGGGUAGGGCACACCCUCAUCCAGAGCCCAGGGCCAUUGUUACAGGACUGCAGCCUGAUUGGCAGUGGCUUUGAGUAACCCCUGGAGGAGCCCCGUGCUGCCCAUCCGUGUUCACUGCCUGGCAGCCCUGCCAAGGAUGUACAUAGCCAUGCCAGACAUUUCCUCACAACUUGAUCAAAUUUCUUAAGGCAAACGAAGAACAAAAAUGUACAUUUUUCUUUUUUUUUUUUUUCCUUUUAAUAAACAGGCAUCCUCUUUAUCACGGUUGGCAUGAUGGACCAUUCUUUGGGGAGAAAAUUGAUUAUAUUAUCCUCUUUGAAAUCUGUUUCCAUAUUGAACAGGCAGAUUGGAAAAGCUGUGGUUCGAUUUCUCAGAAGGAAUGUUUAGGGCUUAGCCAAUAGUUUUAACUAUGCCAUUUGUUUAAAUGAGUGCAUUUGCUUUGAGGGUCUCAUCUUAUUAAAGUUAACAACAAGGAUCUAGCCUCUGUGCCACAGCUAUGUCAUUUCCCCCUUCAAAAGCCUUUUCUCCUCAACACACAGCACCUCUGACCUCAGAGACAUGUGCUGGCAGCCAGGGUGACAGGACUCCUUCAGGUUGCACCAGACCUUGGGCCAAAGUGGUCUUUUCCAUUUCCUAAUAGCAGGUGUAAGUUUCAGCUGUCCUUAGACCUGCGUGCAGGUUUCUGGACCUGGCUGGUUUUGAAGGGCUGCAUCUCCCUUUCCUCUUAUGAGCCUGCUGAGUGAGCAGGCUGCAAGCUGCUGCUGACCUGUGUCAGGAAGGAGGGAAGCCCGCGGCUCUGUGCCCCAUUCCCUGGGCAGGAAAGGCAAGGCCUCAGUACCCUGACACCAUCCCUCUGGCCACACCAGAUGCCUGUGUGGACCUUGCUGGGGUCCCUCCCAUGGUGACAUCCUUUCAUACUGUCAUGGACUAGGAUCAGGGACAAAUGUCUGUCUGAGAAACUGCAUUUAAAACAUUUUUUUAAAUCAUUGUACAGGAAGAGAUGGGUCUAAACAGCAUCUCAGAGUCAAGUGGAUUUCUUUGCACAUGGGCUCAUUUUAAUGAAUUUCUCUUUCAUUCUGACCUUUGUUCAGCUAACAGGAGCACCCUUUUCUAAUGUCUUCCAUCCUACCCCUCCCCCCCAGAAACAAAAGAAAUAUUAUUUGUAGCUUGCUAUCUGUAUUUGAAUUUUUAGCAAUUUUAUAUUUAGAUAUCUUUGGAAAAUGUAAAUGACUAAUUUGGUCAUUAAAUCUUGUCACAUAUUCAAUAUUAAAAAUAUUAAAAUAAAAGUUAUAAAUACC